AUGCAGCAGGCGGGCGGGGAGAUGGGGAGCGGCGACAAGGAAAAUCAUUCUUCUGAGCCAUACAGAAGCGUAUUGAAAACCCCUUUGAAACAAGCAGCUACCUCACAGUCGGUAUUGACAGAGAUACAGCCUCUAACCACACCCCCAAAACCUAAAGAAGUCCUUCCAGCGGAUCCAUGGACGCCUACUUCGAACCUGAAAAUGCUGAUUAGUGCAGCUAGUCCUGAGAUUAGGAGCAGAGAACAGAGAAGGGAACUGUCAAACAACGCAAGUGAGGUCCUACAGGCAAAACACUGUUUGCAGGAGCCCUUAUCGGGAGAUGAGUAUGAAAAGUCUCAACCAAGUCGCAAAGAGAAAAGUCUAGGAUUACUGUGUCAUAAAUUCUUAGCUCGAUAUCCUGAUUACCCCAGCGCUGCAGAGAAUAACUACAUUUGCCUUGAUGAAGUAGCUGAAGAGCUUAAUGUGGAACGUAGACGCAUAUAUGAUAUCGUGAACGUGCUAGAGAGCCUGCACAUGGUGAGCCGCCUUGCCAAAAACAGAUAUGCUUGGCAUGGACGACAUAAUCUCUCCAAAACCCUGCAGGCUUUGAAAAAAGUUGGAGAAGAGAACAAAUACACACAACAAAUUCAGAUGAUCAAGAAAAGAGAGUAUGAGCAUGAAUUUGAUUUCGAUGGUGAAAGAAAUGAAGAAAUGGCAAGAUCUUUUGGCUCAAAUGAGCAUUCAGAAAUGUCUUUUGUCGAGCUCCCAGGAAUGGAAUUUCGUGCUGCAUCAGUAAACAGCAGGAAAGACAAGUCUCUACGAGUGAUGAGUCAGAAAUUUGUGAUGCUGUUUCUUGUAUCGACUCCUCAAAUAGUCAGCCUUGAAGUUGCUGCUAAAAUCUUGAUUGGAGAAGACCAGUUAGAAGACUUAGAUAAAAGCAAGUUUAAAACCAAAAUUAGGAGACUUUAUGACAUAGCAAAUGUUCUCAGUAGCCUUCAGCUUAUCAAGAAAGUUCAUGUUACAGAGGAGAGAGGUAGAAAACCAGCAUUCAAGUGGACAGGACCCGAGGUCUUGCCAAAUACUCAGGAUACAAAACUUGAAACAACUUCUACGACCUGUUCCCCACCUAUUUCAGAAUCCAUCCCUUCCAAAGAGCAGUGUUCAAAAAACCUUUUUCCUUCAAGAGGAAAGCAAAACUUCACUCGACAUCCAUCUCUAAUAAAGUUAGUUAAAAGUAUAGAAAACGACAGAAGAAAGAUCCAGUCUGCCCCGACUAGUCCAGUUAAAAUAAGCACAAGUACUGAUCAAGAUUUACCAGCUUUCCCAAGUAAAAUGGCUCAGGUUCCAGCUAAACGUCAGCUGGAAGGACAAUCAAAGAAAGCAAAAGAGAUGAAAACGAAACUGUCAAGAUCUGCUUUGGAAUGUAACCUGUCCUCACUUGAGGUAGUCCCCAAGCCCGAACCUCCCGUUAGCGCAGCACCCGCUCAGCAGCCAGCUCUCACGCAGCCACUGGGUGUCUGUCCUCCGAGCCACAGUCCAGUCUCACCAGUAAUACUACCUCAUACUCAUUCUGGUCUUUCCUAUGCAAUAUAUCUGCAUCCUUCCCAAGCCCACACUGUGACAACAUACAGCCCGAGUUUCAUGUUGCAGCCUCUACCAUGUGCUAAUGUAACUGGAGUUAAGAGUAUGAAUUCAAAAGUAUUAAAUAAAAUAACCACUGAAGAAGGGGACAAUCAGAUAGCUACAGAUGAGCCAACAAAGUCCUUGGCAGCUAGCGAAAGACCGACUAUAAAAUCAGAAACUUCAUCACAGCAGUGCCUUAAAAGAUCACAAGCAUUACAAGAGAAUAAUUUAAUUAAAAGGUGUAGAAGUGAUGAGGAAAGCCGUGAUACUUCUCUGGGAGAAUCUAUUAAAAAUGAAAGACCACCUUCCAAUAGCUCACAAAUGAAUCAUGAAAUGGACAAUUUCCAAGAAGAGAGACAGAACAAAACCAAAACAUUAGAUCAAAACGUGGCAAGUUGCUAUGACCAAUGUAAAAGAGAAGAUGUUCCAGAAGAUGAGGACAAAAUCAAAACUAAACACGACAUACCUGUAGCAUUUGCCAUUCCUGCUCAUGAGACUUUUUUUCCAUCUGGUUAUCUUAUUCCUCUUACUCAGUGCACCCACAGCAACAAGGCAGGCUUUUCUGAUAAAGAGAAAGCUGGGAUGUGUUCAUUACAGCACACUACCUACAGCUCACCCAUUGCUGGUGUCCUUCCAGUGACAGCAUCUGAACUGAAAGCAGUUAACAUUCCUGCUUUUCAUAUAACACCCUUGAAUAUAAUGCUGUCACCAACUUCUAUAGCUGCUGCACCUGUACUGAGCAACUCCUGUCUCAAUUCAAGCAUUACCAGUUCUGCCCAAAAUCCAAAUUCUUCAGUUCUGAACUUCACACUGCAACACGUAGGACUAAUACCUGCUGGUGUGCAAGUUCCUGCAAAUCCUGUUCUUCAGCACAUGCCAGUCUCUUCACAACCAGAAAAUGUUAGCCAUAGCUCAGAAAACGUGAACGUGCGAGAAGAGAAGCUUUCGGUUCCAAAGGAGUCCCAGGCAGUUACGGAAAAUUUUUUCCGCACACCAGGAGGGCCAAACACCACAGUAUCUUCACUACCUGCAAAUUCAGAUGGUACCGACAGAAUCUCUGAAGGAAGUCUGUAUAUUCCUCAACGAAAACUUGAAGUGUCAGAAGACUAAUUUUGGGAUAUCAAAUUGCUGAAUGUGUUAGCAGGCAUAAUUGCUGGUAACACACUGCACACAUCUUGGAUUGUAUGAUGGACAAUGUGUGUUUUGGACAUGUAUUGGCAAGACCUCAAUACUGGAAUAGCCUUAAUUAAUGCUUUAGAAUUAAAACUGGCUCUUUAUGAGAAAGUUAAUGUAAUAAUUUUUCCAAAAGGCUUACCUGAAGUAUUAUAGCAACAAAGUUAUGUAUCUAGUGGUU